AUGGAUAGAGAGGCUCAGGAAAAUCCUUCCAAGGACAAUGCUGAAAUUGCUUCCAGAGAUCCUCUUGUUGUUGGGCGAGUUGUGGGAGAUGUUCUUGACAACUUCACUAAGUCUAUUGCUCUCACUGUUAGCUAUGGCCACAAGUUGAGAGUUCACAAUGGUGUUGAAUACAAGCCCUCUCAAGUUACCAAACAACCUAAGAUUUCUAUUGGUGGAAGUGAUUUCAGGAACUUCUACACUUUGGUCAUGGUGGACCCUGAUGCACCCAGUCCAAGUGACCCCAGCCUUAAAGAGUACUUGCAUUGGUUGGUGACUGAUAUUCCAGAAACUACAGGAGCAACUUAUGGCGAAGAGGUUGUUUCUUAUGAGAGCCCAAAACCAACAGUGGGGAUUCAUAGGUUUGUUUUUGUGCUGUUUCGGCAACAGGGAAAACAAAUUGUGUAUGCACCAGGGUGGCGCCAGAACUUCAUAACCAGAGACUUUGCAGAGCUUUACAAUCUUGGAUCCCCAGUGGCUGCUGUUUUUUUCAAUUGCCAGAAGGAGACUAAGAGCUCAUCAUCAAGCUCAAAAAAACGCUAA